AUGUUAGAUGACGUUGUAGCUGGUACUUCCGGGAAUACUCCAGAACUCCCUAUAAUAAUAGAAUCAGAUGAUGACGAUGACAAAAGUAAAAAAAGUAAAAAAGGGAAAGAGGUUGUAAAUAUCACAAAUAAAAGAAAAAGAUCAAGUCUUAAAAAAGAUACGAAUGAAAGAGCGAAAAAAUAUAGAUUAUUUCCCAAUUCAAACGUAUCAUCCAUUAUUUCUGCCUCUGGAAGUUUAAGUGACGAUUUUAUUGAUGAACCCAAACUCAGUUUUGUGGGAGGGUCAAAAAGUGAAAAACCUAAUAAUGUACAGUCAAGUAAUAAUAGACCUCUCGUGACCGUAUGGACUGAGAAAGUUUCCAAUUCAAAUAUAUCAUCAUCCACCAUUAAUUCUGCCUCCGGUGAUGAUCUUAUGAAAGGAUCAACAGGUGCUAGUGAACAUAACAGAGAUCCCGUGACUGUAUGGAGUGAGAACAUUGGUGGUCAAAUCAUCAAAUCAAGCAAGAGUUUAAGUGACGAUUUUAUUGAUGGAACCAAACUCAGUUUUAUGGGAGGGUCAAAAAUUCCCAAUUCAAAUAUAUCAUCCACCAUUAUUUCUGCCUCCGGAAGUCUAAGAGAUGAUUUUAUCAGCACUGUGAGAGGAUCAACAAAUGCUAGUGAACAUAAUAGAGCUCCCGUGACCAUAUGGAGUGAAGUCUUCAUGUCAGAUAUAGAACAGUCCUCCGUAAAUAUGACCGUGAGUUCUGACGUUGCUUUAAAGAACAUUAUUAUACAAGUUCCAACUUCAAAUGUAUCAUUAUCCACCAUUAUUUCUGCUUCUGGAAGUUUAAGUAACGAUCUUAUCAGUUUUGUGGAAGGGUCUGAACAGUCAAGUAAUAAUAGAGACCCCCGUGACCCCACAAGAAAAUUAAGAUUGGAUUUGCCAUCAGUUCCAAGGAUUCAAGACUCUUUGUUUAUGACGAUGGUAACAUGCUGUCAUUUAUACAAAAAGUCUUGGGAAACCUUAGAAUUCCUCGGAGACAGGGCUAUUACAUUCUGCCUCUGGAAGAUAGCGGGGCCCAAAUACCUUCAGAUAUUGGCAAAAUGGGGAAUUGGCAGUUUGUACCUUGACGCCCUGAUGACUUCCUUAUUGGAUUUAAUUAUAGAAUGCGUCUACGGAGGAAAAGGGGAACCUCAAGACUCUUAUAAAAUAGCAUCCCAAUACUUUAGGAUGUCAUGGAUUGAGGAUG